CCCCGCGCGCCCUCGCCAUGCAGAAGAGCGUGCGCUACAACGAGGGGCAUGCCCUGUACCUGGCCUUCCUGGCCCGCAAGGAGGGCACCAAGCGCGGCUUCCUGAGCAAGAAGGCAGCCGAGGCGAGCCGCUGGCACGAGAAGUGGUUCGCUCUCUACCAGAAUGUGCUCUUCUACUUCGAGGGCGAGCAGAGCGGCCGCCCGGCGGGCAUGUACCUUCUGGAGGGCUGCAGCUGCGAGCGGGCGCCCACGCCGCCCAGAGGUGGUGCCGGGCCUGGGGGCUCCCGGGACGCGCUGGACAAGCAGUACUACUUUACUGUUCUGUUUGGCCACGAAGGUCAGAAGCCACUGGAGCUACGUUGUGAGGAGGAGCAGGAUGGUAAAGAGUGGAUGGAGGCCAUUCACCAAGCCAGUUAUGCAGACAUUUUGAUUGAGAGGGAAGUGUUAAUGCAGAAGUAUAUUCAUCUAGUUCAGAUCGUGGAGACAGAAAAAAUUGCAGCCAACCAACUCCGGCAUCAACUUGAAGAUCAAGAUACAGAGAUCGAAAGGCUUAAAUCUGAGAUAAUUGCUCUUAAUAAGACCAAGGAACGAAUGCGACCAUACCAAAGCAAUCAAGAAGACGAGGAUCCAGACAUCAAGAAGAUUAAAAAGGUCCAGAGCUUCAUGCGAGGAUGGUUGUGUAGAAGGAAAUGGAAGACCAUCGUGCAGGAUUAUAUUUGUUCUCCUCAUGCUGAGAGUAUGAGGAAGAGAAACCAGAUUGUGUUCACCAUGGUUGAGGCUGAGUCAGAGUAUGUUCACCAACUCUACAUCCUGGUCAACGGCUUCCUCCGGCCACUCCGAAUGGCCGCCAGCUCCAAGAAGCCACCUAUCAGCCAUGAUGAUGUCAGCAGUAUUUUUCUCAACAGUGAAACAAUCAUGUUUCUUCAUGAAAUAUUUCAUCAAGGACUGAAGGCAAGGAUAGCAAACUGGCCUACUUUAAUAUUAGCUGAUCUGUUUGAUAUUUUGCUUCCUAUGCUGAACAUUUAUCAAGAAUUUGUGCGUAAUCACCAGUACAGCCUUCAAGUGCUUGCUAAUUGUAAGCAAAACAGAGAUUUUGACAAACUCUUAAAACAGUAUGAAGCCAACCCUGCCUGUGAGGGGAGGAUGCUGGAAACAUUCCUGACCUAUCCGAUGUUUCAGAUCCCCAGGUACAUCAUCACACUCCAUGAACUCCUAGCCCAUACACCCCAUGAGCAUGUAGAGAGGAAAAGUCUGGAGUUUGCUAAAUCAAAACUAGAGGAACUGUCCAGGGUAAUGCAUGAUGAAGUGAGCGACACUGAGAACAUUAGGAAAAACCUUGCCAUAGAAAGAAUGAUAGUAGAGGGCUGUGAUAUUUUGCUGGACACCAGCCAAACUUUCAUCCGCCAAGGUUCUCUCAUUCAAGUACCUUCUGUUGAGAAGGGGAAGCUUAGUAAAGUUCGCCUGGGUUCAUUAUCUUUGAAAAAGGAAGGAGAAAGACAAUGCUUCUUAUUUACAAAACACUUUUUAAUUUGUACAAGAAGUUCAGGAGGAAAACUACAUCUGCUCAAGACAGGUGGGGUUCUCUCUUUAAUAGACUGUACAUUGAUUGAGGAGCCUGAUGCAAGCGAUGAUGACUCCAAAGGUUCUGGGCAAGUGUUUGGACACCUGGAUUUUAAGAUAGUGGUGGAGCCGCCUGAUGCUGCCCCUUUCACUGUCGUCCUGUUAGCACCUUCACGCCAAGAGAAAGCUGCCUGGACAAGUGAUAUAAGUCAGUGUGUGGACAAUAUACGGUGUAAUGGUUUAAUGACUAUAGUGUUUGAAGAGAAUUCCAAAGUUUCUGUGCCACAUAUGAUUAAGUCUGAUGCUCGUCUUCAUAAAGAUGACACCGACAUUUGCUUUAGUAAAACGCUGAACUCUUGCAAAGUGCCCCAAAUCCGUUAUGCCACUGUGGAGCGUCUCUUGGAACGAUUGACAGACUUGCGGUUUCUUAGUAUCGAUUUCCUCAACACCUUUCUGCACACCUACCGUAUUUUCACUACAGCAGCUGUGGUGCUGGCGAAGCUUUCCGACAUAUACAAGAGGCCUUUCACCUCCAUCCCGGUCAGGUCAUUGGAAUUGUUUUUUGCUACCAGCCAGAACAACAGGGGUGAACAUUUGGUGGAUGGCAAAUCCCCACGUUUGUGUCGCAAAUUCUCUUCCCCACCACCGCUGGCCGUAUCCAGAACAUCCUCCCCGGUGAGGGCCAGAAAGCUGUCCUUGACUUCACCCUUGAACUCAAGGAUAGGCGUGUUGGACCUGAGCACUUCCUCAGCAUCUAGCAGUCCUACAACCACCCACAGCCCUGCUGCAUCCCCACCACCGCACACGGGUAAAGUACCGUUGGAUCUUAGCAGAGGCCUUUCUUCUCCAGAACAAAGCCCAGGAUCAAUAGAAGAGCAUGUAGAUAACCCCCGCGUGGAUCUGUGUAACAAGCUAAAACGAAGUAUUCAAAGAGCAGCCAUCGUAGAAUCUGCACCAGUGGACCGAGCAGUAGCUGAGAGCUCAUCGGCAGCAGACACCACAGAACUGUCACCUUGCAGAUCUCCCUCAACUCCACGGCACCUCCGCUAUCGCCAGCCUGGAGGACAGACGGCUGACAACUCCCACUGCUCCGUUUCACCUGCUUCUGCUUUUGCUAUUGCCACAGCUGCAGCAGGACAUGGCAGUCCACCUGGAUUUAACAACACAGAGAGAACGUGUGAUAAAGAGUUUAUUAUACGGAGAACAGCCACCAACAGAGUGCUGAAUGUCCUCCGUCACUGGGUCUCCAAGCACGCACAGGAUUUUGAACUCAACAAUGAACUAAAGAUGAAUGUCCUAAAUUUACUAGAGGAAGUUUUGAGAGAUCCAGAUCUUCUACCCCAAGAAAGGAAAGCCACAGCGAAUAUCCUGAGGGUUCUCUCACAAGAUGAUCAAGAUGACAUCCAUCUAAAAUUAGAGGAUAUAAUUCAACUGAUGGACUAUUCGAAGGCUGAGUGUUUUGAGUCCUUGUCAGCCAUGGAGCUGGCUGAGCAGAUCACGCUGCUGGACCACAUCAUUUUCAGAAGCAUUCCCUAUGAAGAAUUUCUUGGACAGGGAUGGAUGAAAAUGGAUAAAAAUGAAAGAACACCGUACAUUAUGAAAACCAGCCAACAUUUCAAUGAUAUGAGUAACCUGGUGGCCUCCCAGAUAAUGAAUUAUGCCGACAUCAGCUCCCGCGCCAACGCCAUUGAGAAGUGGGUGGCAGUGGCGGACAUUUGCCGGUGUCUGCACAACUACAAUGGCGUCCUGGAGAUCACCUCAGCCUUAAACAGAAGUGCCAUCUAUAGGCUGAAGAAAACCUGGGCCAAAGUGUCCAAGCAGACAAAAGCACUAAUGGACAAGCUUCAGAAGACUGUUUCAUCUGAAGGAAGAUUUAAAAACCUCAGAGAAACCCUUAAAAACUGUAACCCCCCAGCUGUUCCUUAUCUGGGCAUGUACCUGACUGACUUGGCAUUUAUUGAAGAAGGAACACCUAACUUUACUGAGGAAGGCCUUGUCAAUUUCUCCAAGAUGAGGAUGAUAUCACACAUCAUCAGAGAGAUACGCCAGUUCCAGCAGACUUCCUAUCGAAUAGACCAUCAGCCAAAGGUCACUCAGUACUUACUUGACAAAGCCCUCAUCAUAGAUGAAGAUACGCUGUAUGAGCUGUCACUAAAAAUUGAACCCCGACUCCCUGCUUGAAGAUCCAACUUUACCCCUGAGUCCAUGGAGUUUUCAUGGAAAGCAGGAUGGAUAGUACUGUGCAUGUCAUGCCUCCCACAGUGUCGCCAGGAUGGAGGGAAAUGAAGCCAGUCUCCUUUGUCCACCAAAGAGGACAGAACUGAACUUGAAUUCUGUCUCCAGCCAGGGAAGCCCAGCUUUUGGGGCAUCAAAAACAGAAGCUUCAGACUUGGGUGGGAAGGUGAAAAGAUGCAUAUUUAAUCAAGCAGAUGACACAUUUUGCCUAAGGGAAUGUAAGAUGGGAGAUGCUGGUGACCAUGUUAAUGAAGCAGGUAAGAAGUGAUAUUUCAAACACUGCCCCACGUUCUGUUAGACUUAGGGGCAAAGAAUCCAUGGACAAGACCUUCUUCGAUGUUUCUCUGGCACUUUACUGGCCUGGGUGCACCUACCACUCAUCUAGAACUGAACUGCUUCCGUGACAUUCCUUCCUGACAAGCUUCACAGAAAAGCCGAGGCUUCUUUCAUAGGGAUAGGCUGACACAUAGGCGAUUUCAGUCUACAGCAUGUGCAUGGUCUUCAGUGCAUUAUAUGUAUUUAUA